GGUUCUCCGGUCCAGUUUGGGUUUGUUUGUUUGUUCACAUCAGCUGACCGUUAUGGAUGACAUCUGCGGCGCAGCUGGGGAUGCUCGCAGACGGUUCUGAUCCAGAAGUGCCAUUUGGACCUGCAGUCCGUCCGGAACCGUGGGGCGCGGCCGCGGUCGGCUCCCGUGGGGCUCGCUGGUGGAGGAAACGCGGCGUCACGGUGAAGGGCGGUGCCCGCAGGUAACACCACCUCAGCUCAGCGGCGGCCAGAGCGCGCAGAGUCAGCCAUCCCGCACGAGCGCACGCGGACACUCCGAAAAACGGGAAGUAGCUGGGCUCGAGCGCUGGAGCGCGCGGCGUCAGAAUGUUCAGCUGGGUGAAGCAGGAGCACGGCGGCCACAACAAGGAGGGAGAGAUGUACCAGACCGUGACGGAGGGGCUGCAGACGCUCUACACCAAGAAGCUGCUGCCGCUGGAGGAGACCUACCUCUUCCAUGACUUCCACUCGCCGGCGCUGGAGCCCGCCGACUUCCAGAGCAAACCGAUGGUGCUGCUGGUGGGCCAGUACUCCACCGGGAAGACCACCUUCAUCAGGUACCUGUUGGAGCAGGAUUUCCCCGGGAUGCGGAUUGGUCCGGAGCCGACUACAGAUGGCUUCAUCGCUGUGAUGUACGGGGAAAAUGAAGGCGUCGUCCCCGGCAACGCUCUAGUGGUCGACCCCAAGAAGCCCUUCAGGAAGCUCAACGCUUUCGGGAACGCCUUCCUCAACAGGUUCAUCUGCUCUCAGAUGCCCAAUCAGGUUCUUCAGAGCAUCAGCAUCAUCGACACACCGGGAAUUUUGUCUGGAGAAAAGCAGCGAAUCAGCAGAGGUUACGACUUCGCCGAGGUCCUGCGGUGGUUCGGCGAGCGAGUGGACCGGAUCAUCCUGCUGUUCGACGCCCACAAACUGGACAUCUCCGACGAGUUCUCGGAGGCCAUCCGGGCCCUGAAGGGUCAAGACGACAAGAUCCGGGUGGUCCUCAACAAGGCUGACCAGGUGGACACCCAGCAGCUGAUGCGGGUGUACGGCGCCCUCAUGUGGUCGCUGGGGAAGGUGAUCAACACUCCGGAGGUGGUGAGAGUUUAUCUGGGCUCCUUCUGGGCCAAACCUCUGCAGAACACGGAGAACAGGCGGCUGUUCGAGGCCGAGUCCCAGGACCUUUUCCGGGACAUCCAGAGUCUACCCAGGAAUGCGGCUCUCCGUAAACUCAAUGACCUCAUUAAGAGAGCGCGGCUGGCCAAGGUGCACGCUUACAUCAUCAGCUACCUGAAGAAGGAGAUGCCCACCCUCUUUGGACGGGAGAAGAAGAAGGAGGAGCUGAUAAUGAGGCUGCCAGAGAUCUACACCAUCCUGCAAAGAGAGCAUCACAUCAGCGCCGGAGACUUCCCCAACGUCAGCAAGAUGCAGGACAUGCUGCAGCACUACGACUUCCACAAGUUCCCGUCGCUGAAGAUGAAGCUCAUCGAGUCCGUGGAUAAGAUGCUGGCCACCAAGAUCGCCGUCUUGAUGGCCAUGAUCCGGGAGGAGGAGUCUAAGCAGCCGGCGGCCAUAGUGACGGGCGGCGCCUUCGAGGGCUCCCAGGACGGGCCGUUCGGUCAGGGCUACGGCGAGGGCAUCAGCGCCGGAGCCGACGCCGAGGACUGGAUCGUGAGCCGCGACAAGCACCGCUACGACGAGAUCUUCUACACGCUGAUGCCCAUCAACGGCAAGAUCACCGGCGUCAACGCCAAGAAGGAGAUGAUGAAUUCCCGGCUGCCCAACACCGUUCUGGGGAAGAUCUGGAAGCUGGCCGACUGCGACCAGGACGGCAUGCUGGACGACGAGGAGUUCGCCCUCGCCCAGCACCUCAUCAAGGUCAAACUGGAGGGCUACGAGCUGCCCGGCGAGCUGCCCGACCACCUGGUGCCGCCGGCCCACCGCAAAAACCCCGCCGCCAACACCAUGUACAACCACACCGAGGACUAACGCGGCGCCAGGAGGUCGAAGGUCAGGAGCUUUUGAUGGGACUCGUGUGGACGCCGCGUCUUAACUCCGCUUCAUCCAUCGUUUGCUUCUGUCUGAAAUAAAAUCCCUCUGAUUUA